GACUGCCGGCCUGGCCCAGCGGAAACGACGCCAUCCUCGUGGUCGUUGACCGACUCACGAAAAUGUGACACUUCAUCGCCUGCCAACAGAAAAUUACAGCUAAGCAAACUGCCCAACUGUUCAUCACCAACGUCAUUAGACUGCACGGACUGCCCACCGCCAUUAUUUCAGACCGAGACCCGAAAUUCACAUCGAAUUUCUGGCGCCACCUGUGGGACCAAUUCAGCACCAAAUUACAGCUUUUUUCCCGCCUACCACCCACAGACUGAUGGGCAGACUGAACGAGUCAACCAAACCUUGGAGCAACUCAUUCGGACUACCUGUACUGACCCACAGACAUGGGAGAAAUCCCAUCCGCUGCUGGAAUUCGUGUAUAAUAACGCGCCUUCCACAACAACCCAUCAAUCCCCAUUUUCCCUAAAUUACGAAUAGGACCUCGAGGUACCCUCUAC